AUGAAGACGACAAACCCUCAAUUCAAGGUGCAUCGGAGGUUGAUUCAAGAUUUGAUGACCCCGGCCUUUCUAAACGAGGUUUCGGCACCUCGAAUCUAUGAGGCUUUUACCUCACUCGUCAAUGUUUGGACCGAAAAAGCUCGGUUGGCGAACGGCCAUCCCUUUUCUGCUCUAGAUGAUGUCUACCAAGCAGCGCUAGAUGCUAUAUGGGCUGUUUCAUUUCCUCUCAAUUCAAAAGACAGCCUCAUGUAUGCUCAACGAUGGUUCCUCACUGGCUUUGCAAGUAUCAACACCACAUCGUCCACUGACAUCGAUGAACCUGCGGUCUUUCCCGAGGUUCCGAUCCCAGACGCCCUGCCCUACAUGCGCAGGGCAAGAGCAGUCAAGGAGGCGACGAUGGCCAGUGAGCUCGAGAAAGCGAAGGCGAGGUUCUCUUCAGGUACGCAAGAGGAGCGCAUUGUGAUUUGUGCCAUGGAUGCUAUCCUGCGUCGUGAGCUUGCUACUGCGAAGCAAGAGGAUCGAGAACCCUCUUACAACACGAGAACAAUAUUUGACGAGAUUUUCGGUCUGCUGAUUGCCGGCCACGACACAACAUCCACGACGGCAAUAUGGGGCCUCAAGUUUAUGUCCGAUCACCAGGAAAUACAAAAGGAAUUACGCGAAGCCCUUCGGAGCGGGUUUCCUAUAGCUAUUACAGAAUGCCGUCAACCAACCGCGGAAGAGAUCUCCAAGGCUCACAUCCCAUAUCUUGACGCUACACAAGAGGAAAUUAUCCGAAAGUCCGUGACAGGAGCAGGGAUAUGGCGCACAGCAAUGGUUGAUACUGUCGUUCUUGGGCAUCAUAUCCCUAAAGGCACAAAUUUGUUCCUCCUGGGAAAUGGUCCUGACUUUAUCGAGCCUCCGAUUGGCAAAAUUCCCGAGGAUCGUCGCAGCAAAAGCUGCCAGGAGAUGAAUGGGCGGGUUGGAUCGUGGGACCCAGCAGAUUCGAACCUGUUCCAGCCUGAACGGUGGAUCACGAAAGAGGACGGCAAAGAGUCAUUCGACUCUACGUCAGGCCCACAUCUUCUAUUUGGGCUGGGACCAAGAGGGUGCUUUGGAAGACGAAUGGCGUAUCUCGAACUGAAGAUUGUUCUUGUGUUGCUCUUGUGGAACUUUGAGUUGCAAAGCGUACCGGCCACUCUCAGUUCGUAUCAAGCGGUGGACAAGCUAAGCCAUCAACCUAGACAGUGCUAUUUGCGGCUUUUGAGCUCACCAUUGAACGAUCUUGGAACCUGA